AUCUUUAGAGCUCUUUAAUUGGUCAAAUUGAAUGUCCAUAUCAGCUAAUUAUUAAAGGACAGUAGUGAGAUUCAUACAAGCGCGUAUAUCUAUCUAUCUCGAAACAGAUAUGUUUUUAUAGGUAUGUUGACAUUUAAUGUCUAUUGAUUUCGACUCGCUGACGUCUGUCGUAUCUGGAUAUGUUCCAUCUAUAAACUACAUUUAAACGGGCAACAGAAGGAUGAGUCGUUUUCUGAAUGUUCUGCGGAGUUGGUUGGUCAUGGUGUCUGUUAUUGCAAUGGGAAACAGCAUCCAGAGUUUCAGAGAUCACAGCUUCCUCUCUGAGAAACUCUACACGGGGACACCAGAGUUUGUAAAUGGCCUCCAAGCCAGGACAUUUGGCAUCUGGACAUUGCUGUCCUCAAUUAUCCGCUGUGCGUGCGCCAUUGACAUUCAGAACAAAACACUCUAUCACAUUACCCUGUGGACAUUUGUUCUGGCUCUGGGACACUUUUUGUCUGAAGCCUUCAUCUACAAAACUGCACCUUUGACCAUUGGCGUUAUGGCACCUCUCAUUGUGGCGAGUUUCUCCAUCUUGGGAAUGCUGAUUGGGUUCCAGUGUGUUCCAGAACCUCAGGAUGAGGUGACUGCACGGCAGAAAAAGCGGAACUGAUUCCAUGCAGAAGAAUUGUUCUCGGGGGUGGGGGGGGGCAUUGUGUUAUUCAGCACACCACUAGAGAGAGCUGUGGCAUAGUCUACUGCUUCUUGCCUUUAACAAUGAGUGGCCUAUUUACUAUACUGUAUGUACAUGAAGACAGGAGUGCAAUAGGUGUAAACCUUUAAGAGGGUGCAUACUUUUUCAGGCAUUUAAGUCGUUUAGGAAAGCUGGUCCCACCAGAUAAAGAAGAGCUUUGUGGGAUUCUUGUUCCAGGUGAUUUGUACCUGUGCCACAAUACACUGUGUAAUGGCUACAUCUGUGUGACUGUUUUGUGAAUAGAAACUGCCUGAAAGUUUAGUCAUGUGCUGUUAUUACAUGUGCUGUUAUUAACUAAUACAUAUAUGCUUGUCAUAUAUGUAUUAGCUAUGCUUUAAUUAAUGUGUGUUAGGGUUUACGACCAUUGAGUUUGACUUCUAUAUAAAUGAGCAGUCUGGGGAAGCUGUGAUUCACUGUACUUUAUUGACAUGAUAUUGGCGUUUGUCUUGAUAUUUUGAUCUAGAGUAAUUUUUUAUGCUUUCUGUGUGUUACUGGUUUGUAUGUGGCAGAACAUGUCCAUAAAGUAAAUUAACAACUAACAUUUUUCAAAAUGUUUUUAGUUUCAAUUUGUCAAAAACAAUAUAUAAAACAAGCAAAACAAGUUGUUCUUCAUUACUGUAUAUGACAAACAGUUAGAAUUGUCCCCACUGAAUGUUCCUAAAAUGAUCCUACAAUAAAACAUUCUGCAUCAUUGGA